AUGAAAUUUGGUGAACAUUUGAGAAAGUCCUUGAUCAAGAACUACUCAUUUUACUAUAUUGCAUACGAUGAUUUAAAACAUCAAUUGAAAAAAGGUUUAUAUGACAAUGAUGGAACUUGGAAUGAUGACUUGGAAGAACUGUUCCUUAAUUCCUUGGAAAAUGAAUUGGAUAAAGUUUAUUCUUUCACCAAAGUGAAAAAUACUGAAGUCACUAGAAGAAUUAAGGAUAGUGAAACUUAUGUUUAUGAAGUUGUCGAUGCAUUACAUAGAUAUCAAAACCAUGAUCCUGCAAUUACUACCCCACCUCUGGAAGAAGAUUUCCAAGAAUUGCAAGAUGAAUUAUCUGAUAUUAUUGCUGAUGUCCAUGAAUUGAACAAAUUUGCCAAUCUUAAUUACAGUGGGUUCUAUAAGAUUAUUAAGAAGCACGAUAAAGUUACUGGUUAUUCCCUUCGUCCAAUUUUCCAAGCUCGUUUGAACCACAAGGCAUUUUACAAAGAUAAUUAUGAUGCUUUAAUUGUCAAAUUGUCAAAAUUAUACGAUUUGGUUAGAACUAGAGGUAAUCCAGUUCAAGGUGAUUCUUCUGCUGGUGGUUCCCAACAAAAUUUUGUUAGACAAACUACUAAAUACUGGGUUCAUCCAGAUAACAUUACUGAAUUGAAAUUGAUCAUUUUGAAACAUUUACCAGUUUUGGUUUUCAACCCAGAUAAGGAGUUUGAAACUGAAGAUAGUGCCAUUACUUCUAUUUACUUUGAUAACAAGGAUAUGGACUUGUAUUAUGGUAGAUUGAGAAAAGAUGAAGGUGCCGAAGCCAUUAGAUUAAGAUGGUAUGGUGGUAUGAAGACUGAACAAAUUUUCGUUGAAAGAAAAACCCAUAGAGAAGAUUGGACUGGUGAAAAGUCUGUCAAGGCAAGAUUUGGUUUGAAAGAAAAACAAGUCAACCUGUUUUUAUCUGGUGAAUUGACUGCCAAUCAAGUAUUUGAAAAGGCUAGAAAACAAGGUAAGAAAUCUCCACAGGAAAUUGACAAUUUGGAAAGACUAGCCAAAGAAGUUCAAUACAGAGUCUUGAAAGAGAAAUAUCGUCCAGUUAUGCGUUCAUUCUAUAAUAGAACUGCUUUCCAAUUACCAGGUGAUGCUAGAGUUAGAAUUUCUUUAGAUACCGAAUUAACCAUGGUUAGAGAAGAUGAUUUUGAUGGAUACGACAGAACUCAAGGAAACUGGAGAAGAAUGGAUAUUGGUGUUGAUUACCCAUUCCUGCAAUUGCCAGAAAAGGAUGUCUGCAGAUUCCCAUAUGCUGUUUUGGAAGUUAAAUUACAAACUCAAUUGGGUCAAGAACCACCAGUGUGGAUCAGAGAAUUGGUUGCUUCUCAUUUGGUUGAAGCUGUUCCUAAAUUCUCCAAGUUUAUUCAUGGAGGUGCCACUUUGUUAACCGACCAUGUUGACUUGUUGCCAUUCUGGUACACUCAAAUGGAUGUUGACAUUAGAAAACCAAAGACUCAACUGGAAAUUGGUAUCCAAAGAAACACCCCAGCAAGAAUUGAAAGACUGUCGACAAGUGGUAAUGACUUGGAUGAAGAAGAGUUAACUGGAUCAUCAUACACUACAGGUGUUCAUUUCUCCAAUGAUUACAACCCAUUGGAAGAUGACUUGGAUGAAAAUACACCAUUGUUGUUGCCAAAUACCUACUCAAGUAGACACUCCAGUUCUCCAGUUCGUAACUUCUUGUACCAUUGGUAUGGCAGAUUUUUGCAUUUCUUUAAUGAUGACCGUACUUUCACUGUGAAACCAGGUACUAACUGGGAUUUGAAUGCCACUUUCAAGGAUAAAUUGCCAAAGGGUAAAACCAUUUGUGUGCCGGUUAGAAUCGAACCAAAGGUAUACUUUGCUAAUGAAAGAACUUUCUUGAGUUGGUUAUCUAUGGGUAUGUUGUUGGGUGCUGUUGCCACUACUUUGUUGAAUUAUGGUUCAAAGAGUGCAUUGACUUCAUCUAUUGGUUUCUUCAUCACUGCUAUUUUCACCAUUGCUUAUUCUACUUACAAGUAUUUAUGGAGAGUAUUAAUGAUUCGAGAAAAGAAAGUUACCGCUUAUGGUGACAAAUUUGGUCCAAAUAUGAUCUGUGCAUUUAUCUUUUUAGCAACAUUUGUCACUUUCCUAUUCAAAUACCUGGAACAUUGA